UUUAUGAUUGUUGAUUUAAGGUUCGGGGGAAAAGAGUGACGGUCGGGAAGGACUGCCAUCAUCUAAAGAGAUAUUGAAGAAGUUGAAGAGAUAUGGAAUUUCUGGCAUACUGUCUUAUGGGCUGUUGAAUACAGCCUACUACUUCACAACAUUUCUCUUGGUGUGGUGAGUAAAAUGUUAUUCUGGAGAGAGUUAAAAUGCUGGGCUAUGUAGUGGGUGACAUGUUGCAUGCAUGGUGAAAGGAAAUUUGCUGCUACAUUGGGAAGAAGACUCCGGCCAAACCUUGUAGGGAGAUAUAAUUCAAAUCAAAUUAUAUUCCAACAAAUACACUAUAACAUCUCAGCAGCUUUGAUGUGAUAAGUUCUUUACAACUGUUAAUGCAGUUACUGGUGGCUGAGCCUGUUUUUCAUUGUUUACAGUCAUACCAUUUAGCUUACUUCUAUAUGAAUAUGCCAUUAACAUCCAAGGAACGGCUUCACUUGCUUUGUAGGUUUUAUGUUGCACCAACCCCCAGAAGAAUGGGUUAUGCUGCAGCUGCUGAGAGGUAUGAUCCCAUUCUUUAGAAUGUUUAUGGGACUGUAAAUUAUAUGAAGAUUCUUUUGCCUUGCAGAUUUAUCAAGGUUAUGGCUAUGGUUUGGGCUGGAAGCCAAGUGACUAAGCUUAUUAGAGCUGGAGGGGCCCUUACUCUUGCCCCAAUUGUCGACAGAGGGUUGUCAUGGUUCACCACCAAAUUUAAGUUUGAAUCUCAGGGAAAGGCUUUCAUGGCAAUUAUUGUAUUAUGUUUCGGACUGGCUAUGAUGCUGUUCUUUGUGGUGACAUUGCUUUGGGCAUGAUACUCCCCACUUUUGUUCUUCCUUGACUGGAUCGGUUGGUACCUGUCAAAGGUUAUCAUUAACAGUUGAAGACAUAGUUGGUCUCCGUUUGGAUUGAGAGCUACCAUCAUUCUGUUGAUAUCCAAAGAUAAAAGGAGAAAUCAAACAAAAUUUUCAUUUGAUAAAUCACUACGUUUCAAAAAUAAAAAAUCUUAUGUUCAUAAAAAUACAAAAUCUUCAGUUUU